AUCAGAGGCUUUGUUUUGGCUAACCGCUAUCUGCAGGCUAGGCGGCUGAAACUCCAAACUUCCACCAACAUUAAGCUAGCUGAAACAAAGCCCUGUCCCCUCCAGACGACUCUGUUAAAAUGCCUCAGACCAACAAAUCGGCGAGUGGCAGCAGCGUGCCGGGACAGGUUUCCGCCCCGGACCAGGGUGAGCCGCCGCCACCGCCGCCACAGGACGUCAGGCCCCAGGUGGCUGCCGGAGACGGAGACGGAGGAAUCGCUGCAGAAGACCAGGGCGACCCGGAGAUCAUCAAAUCACCCAGUGACCCGAAGAAAUACAGAUACAUCGAGCUGAGUAACGGCCUGCGAGCGCUCCUCAUCUCCGACUUCAGCGGGGCGGACGGGAAGGCGGAGGGCGAAGACGGAGAGGACAAGGGAGCGUCGGAGGAGCGGGAGGAAGAGCAGCAAGGCGAGGAAGAAGGUGACUCUGGUGAGGGGUCGGAGGAGGACGAGGAGGAAGACGAAGAGGAAGAGCAGGACAGCGACUUCGAUGAGCUGGACGAGGAUAACGCUGGGAAGAAGAAGAGAGGGAGCUCAGAGAAGCAGGCAGCAGCUGCUCUGUGCAUCAGUGUCGGGAGCUUCAGCGAUCCAGACGACCUGCCCGGCCUCGCCCACUUCCUGGAGCACAUGGUGUUCAUGGGCAGUGAGAAAUACCCGGCGGAGAACGGCUUCGACGCCUUCCUGAAGAAACACGGCGGAAGCGACAACGCCUCCACCGACUGCGAGAGGACCAUCUUCCAGUUCGACGUUCAGAGGAAAUAUUUCAGAGAGGCACUCGACAGGUGGGCUCAGUUCUUCAUCUGUCCGCUGAUGAUAGAGGACGCCAUCGACAGGGAGGUGGAGGCUGUGGACAGCGAGUACCAGUUAGCGAGGCCGUCUGACUCACACCGGAAGGAGAUGCUGUUUGGGAGUCUGGCUAAACCAGGACACCCUAUGGGCAAAUUCUGCUGGGGUAACGCUCAGACAUUAAAGCACGAGCCCAGAGAGAAACAGAUCAACACCUACCAGCGGCUCAGACACUUCUGGAGGAGAUAUUACUCCGCUCAUUACAUGACGCUCGCCGUUCAGUCCAAAGAGACUCUGGACACUCUGGAGCAGUGGGUGAGAGAGAUCUUCAUCAAAGUCCCCAACAACGGUGAACCUCGAGUCGACUUCUCCGACCUCCAGCAGCCGUUUGACACACCGGCCUUCAACAAACUCUACAGAGUGGUUCCUGUGAGGAAGGUUCACGCUCUGACCAUCAGCUGGGCCGUACCACCGCAGGGGAAACACUACAGAGUGAAGCCUCUUCAUUACAUCUCCUGGCUGAUUGGACACGAAGGAACCGGCAGCAUCCUGUCUCUGCUCAGGAAGAAGUGCUGGGCUCUGGCUCUGUUCGGAGGAAACAGUGAGACGGGUUUUGACCAGAACACCACCUACUCCAUCUUCUCCAUCUCCAUCACCCUCACUGACCAGGGCUACCAGAACUUCUACGAGGUCGUCCAUUUUGUGUUCCAGUACCUGAAGAUGCUCCAGACUCUGGGUCCCCAGCAGAGGAUCUACGAAGAAAUUCAGAAGAUAGAAGCCAACGAGUUCCACUAUCAGGAGCAGACGGAUCCCAUCGAGUUUGUGGAGAACAUCUGUGAGAACAUGCAGCUGUUUCCCAAAGACGACUUCCUGACCGGAGACCAGCUCAUGUUUGAGUACGACCCGCAGGUGAUCAGUGCUGCUCUGUCCCUGCUGACUCCCGACAGAGCGAACCUGUUGCUGCUGUCACCGGAGAACGAAGGUCACUGUCCCCUCAGAGAAAAAUGGUUCGGUACCUGCUACAGCAUGGAGGACAUCUCAGACGAGUGGGCUCAGCGCUGGACCGGAGACUUCGAACUCAACCCCGAACUCCACCUUCCUGCUGAGAACAAGUUCAUCGCGACGGACUUCGCCCUGAAAACAGCCGACUGUCCGGACUCAGAGUUUCCUGUCAGGGUCGUCAACACGGACCGAGGCUGUCUGUGGUACAAGAAGGACAACAAGUUCAAGAUCCCCAAAGCCUAUAUUCGUUUCAACCUGAUCUCUCCAAUGAUUCAGAAGAGUCCUGAGAAUCUGGUGCUGUUCGACAUCUUCGUGAACAUCUUGGCUCACAACCUGGCAGAGCCGGCCUACGAGGCCGACGUGGCUCAGCUGGAGUACAAGCUGGUUGCCGGAGAACACGGUCUGGUGAUCCGACUCAAAGGCUUCAACCACAAACUGCCGCUGCUGUUGAAGCUGAUCGUGGAUCAUCUGGCAGAGUUCAGCGCCGACCCGGGGGUUUUCACCAUGUUCUCCGAGCAGCUGAAGAAGACCUACUUCAACAUCCUCAUCAAACCGGAGAGGCUCGGCAAGGACGUUCGUCUGUUGAUCCUGGAGCACUGUCGCUGGUCGGUCAUUCAGAAGUAUCAGGCCGUCAUGAAGGGUCUGACAGUCGACGACCUCCUGACCUUCGUCAGCGGGCUGAAGGCGGAGCUGUACACUGAGGGGCUGGUGCAGGGAAACUUCACCAGCACGGAGUCCAAGGAGUUUCUGCAGUACUUCAUUGAUAAGCUGCAGUUCCAGCCUCUGUCAGCAGAGGUCCCUGUGUUGUUCCGGGUGGUGGAGCUGCCUCAGAAACAACAUCUCUGUAAAGUCAAAUCUCUCAACAAAGGGGAUGCCAACUCUGAAGUCACUGUCUACUACCAGUCGGGGCUGAAGAACCUCAGAGAACACGCUCUGAUGGAGCUGAUGGUGAUGCACAUGGAGGAGCCCUGCUUUGACUUCCUCAGGACGAAGGAGACACUGGGGUACCAGGUGUACCCGACCUGCAGGAACACCUCAGGGGUGCUGGGAUUCUCCGUCACUGUGGAAACACAGGCCACCAAGUUCAGCACGGAGUUUGUUGAGGCGAAGAUCGAGGAGUUCCUGGUCAGCUUCGGUGAGCGUUUGUCGAGUCUGAGCGAAGAGUCCUUUAGAACACAGGUGACGGCGCUCAUCAAGCUGAAGGAGUGUGAGGACGCCCACCUGGGAGAGGAAGUGGACCGCAACUGGUUUGAGGUCGUCACACAGCAGUACGUCUUCAAGAGGCUCAACAAGGAGAUCGAGGCCCUGAAGCUCUUCACUCAGGAGGAGCUGGUCUCCUGGUUCCUGGAGCACAGAAACAACAGCAGGAAGCUCAGUGUACAUGUGGUCGGUUACGGUGUGGAGGAGAACGACCCCACGGAGCAGAGCGCCGCGUGCAGCACGGACAGCCCCGACAACCCUCCCUCCUCGGCCUACGGCGAAGUGAGCGAGCUAACCUUCCUGCCGAUUUCCUCGCCGUUGCUCCAGGAUGUCAAACUCAUCUCCGACAUCAGAGCAUUCACCUCCUCCCUGCCCCUCCACCCCUACCACAAAAUCCUCAGCUAGGUCACUGCGAACCCACGGAGACGCGCCCCCCCGCUGUCUAUCUCUCUAAUAAAGUAACCAUGGCAACAGCUAGCAUUGAUGUUUGAUCGAAGAGGACACUGUUAGGACGGACAGAAACUGAGGAACAUUUCGUGUUUUAGUUAUUUCGUUUUAUGUGUGGUUGUAAUAAUGCUGCAUUCACACCCUGUGGGACAAAAGUGUAACUCUGGGCCUGUAUUUAUAAAGCAUCCCAUAAUCCCUCCUAGAAACCAGAAGAGAGUGCUGCAGGAAUGAGUCCUAAAACCCAGAACUGAGUUAGCAUUUCAGCUAACGAGGUCAAUGGGGUUUUAGUUGGAUGCCUGAAAUAAGGUCUGUGGUUAACUCAAGCUUGAGAGUUUUAAAGUUUUGUUCUAUGACAUAAAAUUCGCCAGUAAAUACCUCAUUUAUUCAUUUUGGAGCAUUGAUGUCUAAAUGAGACUACGGAGGUUGUCGGGAGAUUUAUCUACUCUAGUCCACCUUUACCGCCUCGUUGUGUUUAGACUCGCGCUUAAUUAAAACUACAAGCAGCAAUGAACUUGAUAAACGGUAAAAACAAAGCAGAUACGUAACAUAUCAUCAUGACCAUCUUAAGAGUCUUCUGACCACAUUUCAGCUGGAUCUGGUCAACCUACUCGUAGUAAUGCAUGAAAGAAUGAAACCUUACAUUUCCUGUUGCCUGCAGAUAUUCGUCGUAGUGAUAGCGUCCCCCUCACAUCACUACGACGAAUAUUUUGCAGGUAGAUGUGCUCGAGGCUGUUUCUUGGCAAAAGAUUGAAUCUGCAUUUUUUUUUAAAAUGGUCAACUUCCUGUUUGGUUUGGGGAAUGAGUCUUUGAGGCUUUUCUGCUGCUCUGGACAUGAUCUACGUAACGUACGGAUUUUCAUACAUAUCUGUUAAAUGUGGCGCUGUUGAACCAUUUUACCGCGCCCGUGCGAGGCCCAUUUCACAUUUGCCGCGAAUUCAGCGUCAUGUUUCAUUUGAGUCAUGUUUUGGAGCAUGUUGUGACCAAAACCAAAAACAUUGCUGCAAGUCUGCAUCGUGUCGUAGUUCUUCAGGUUUAUGUGGGCAAUCUGAGUGAGGGGCUAAAAUACAAUAAAACAUUUCAAGGAUCAUAGAGAUCUUAAUUCAUUCCCAGGUCGUUUUUUGACUGGAAACUAGUCUCUACAGUCCGAUACACCCGAUCGUGGUUUAGUUAGUUUAUAGCCGUUAACGUUAGCUUUUUACUUAAAAAAAAAAAUCAUAAGUGUUGUUAAUAUGUGGAGAUUAUCUUACUGAAUAAAAUGUGUAAGUAUCAUAAA